AUGGAAUCUUUUUGGAGCAGUUCGAAGUUGUUGAAACAUUGGCCAGGCUUUGUGCUUGGUUUGCUCCUUACUUUGACCAUUAAAUACUUGCAGAACUACAGAAAACGACGGCCGCAGGACAUGCUGAUAGAUGGGGCAGAGGAUGUUGCAGUUGAAUUUCCGCUCGCUGUUGAUAACGGCGCAGAAUUGCAGCCCGCCUUGGAGGAGAAACCACAUGUGCCCUUUGUGCCAGGCCAUAAUCUCAAUCCGGAUGGUGCCAGGCGUUUCUACGAACUGGUGCGCGAUCGUCGCAGUGUUCGCGCCUUUAAUGCGACCCUAAAGCCACCUAUCGAAGUAUUGGAGGAUUGCAUACGCUCAGCUGGAACGGCACCAAGUGGUGCUCACACCGAGCCCUGGACAUUUUGUGUGGUUGAGCAGUUGGCACUGCGACAGGCGGUGCGGGAGAUUGUGGAGCACGAGGAACACAUCAACUAUAGCGCACGCAUGCAGAAACAGUGGGUGACGGAUCUGCGACCGUUGCAGACAAAUGCAUACAAGCCAUAUUUAACGGAUGCGCCAUAUCUCGUGCUGAUCUUUAAGCAGACGCAUGGAACGACGACGGAUGGUCGCAAGAAGCAGCACUACUACAAUGAGAUCUCCACGUCCAUUGCUGCCGGCAUACUGCUCUGUGCCUUACAAGCGGCCGGACUCUGCUCUCUGGUGACCACGCCCCUGAAUUGUGGUCCUGCCCUGCGUCGACUGCUCGACCGGCCGCCCAAUGAGAAACUGUUAAUUUUGCUUGCUGUGGGUUAUGCGGCGGAGGAUUGCAAAGUGCCGGAUCUGGAACGGAAAGCGCUUCAGCAGAUUAUGGUGAAAUAUUAAGUGGGUUUCUAGUUACACAAAGCAGCAAAAAUAAAAAUAUUCUAAUUCAGUUAUCAAUUAUA